GGCUCGAGGAAUAUCCCGUUCACUCGAAGGCUCACAGGUACCACGUACCGGUGAGCGAAGAGACUGGCCUUGCUCGGACCAACUUUGCCUCUCUCCGCAGUUUACACUGUCCUGCCGACGGAUUUGCAUCGCUCAACGCUUUCAGAUUAUUGGUGACAUACGAAUGUAAAUAUUCGGGGGAUUUCAACUUUUUCCGGUUUUUUGGAUCUGAAAGUCGGUCUCUCGGGACUUUUUCUUCAGGAACGUGAGCAAGACCCGAACGAUAUCUGCAAAAAAUAUGUGAAAUUUUGUGUUUGUGGUAAGUCUUUUAUUCCGUGGAAUUGUGAGAAAUCAUUGAAAUUAUAUAAAAUCUGGACGUUCCUUCCGGUAAUUAUCACGCCCCGGUGGCGAUAACUAUGAAAAAUCGUCGGAGUGUUACAAAUUAUUCAACCGCCAGUGGGCGCUAGAGCUUCUGGACUUUACUUAAUUUUCUGGCUUAAUUUCGACUGCGGGAUUACGAGGAAAAGAACAAUAUCCUCGAGUGGUUUCCCGAGUUGUGUCCUUUCGUGAUAAGCGGGAGUGAUAGGUGCUCCGGGUUCAAGUGGUGAUGAGUGGACGGGAGUGAGAGACGACGAGACCAUGUGGAGGACGUGAAACAAAUUGAAAUUCUAGGAGUUAAUAUCUUAUAGCGGAAAUAUGCCGGCAUUACAAUUGUUCGGACGCAAAUGGCUGGCGGCCACUGAUGACCUUGUGUAUCCGGGACUCUUCGAGAUCUUCAUCCGGGUGGUCUGGUUCGUCUUAAUCGGGAUCGCCUGCAUGCGAUACUACGGUGAGACCUGGAAAUGUAAGACAGGUGGUGAACUAGUGCGGGUAUUCCUCGCUGGAGAACUGGUGAUCCUGGGGACAGUCACUAUCCUCGUCUUCGUGAUCGUCAAUCACAGCGCCAGGGGCUCUAUCGUGGACACCUACGCCAGACGAUUGGUCGAGCCCCUCUUAACAGUGAAAAUUCUAUUGUUGCUCCCCGAGAUGAUCUGGAACAUCCUGGGGACCCUCUGGAUUCUCACGGAUCACGUGCAAUGCACCGAUGAAGACUUCACAUUCGCAACAAUCGAGGCACUCGUCUUCUUCGACUGGGUCCUGAUCGGUCUGGCUAUCCUCGGUCUUGCCUUCGUCUUUGAUCCCCUCGGAUCGCUUUAUCACUCCGAUAAGGCCCUCGAGGACUCCAUAGAACAUGGAAAAGUGUCCAGGAUAUGGUUGAGGAGGUUCAAGUGGUUCUGGUGGAUGCGACGGGACGAGAGUGCCAAUGAAACAUUUCAACAUGUUGCUGGAUUGUUAAGUGCUCUCUUCAGAGGAACCGAUUUAGUUCCCUCUGAUGUCAUGGCCGGCUGCGUAUUGCUGCGUGUCAGACAAAAACGUGAAACACUCGAGUUACGACGACUCAAUAUCCUGGAACGUCCGGAAUAUACCGUAGACGCGAAAACAAUAUUUGCCGAGCAACCGUCCUGGAUGUCCUUGGAGUGGGCCCAUCAUUACAUAAAACUGUCGAUAGCCUCCUACAGCUGGUUGUUCGUCAUGUACCAGCAUAUUUUCACUGGCUGUUGCAAGCUUAUUCCGAACAUGACCUGUUGCGCAUGUUUGCGGAGGAGGGAGCGAAGUGUCCUCGAUGAUAACUGUUGUUUAUGCAGUCUUGCUGGGGUCAAACAACUCUCGAAACUCUCGGAGGAUGAUAUUCUAUUUGCGUCCUUCCGCAAUCAUCUGUGCGAGAUUCCAUUUUGCGUGAUAGCAGACCAUAAAGCAGCAACGAUUGUGAUCGUGAUAAGAGGCUCUCUAUCCCUGAGAGACCUGAUAACAGACAUCGCAGCGGCCUCGGCGUCCUUCGAGCCUCAGGGCUUACCAAAGGGUAGUAUGGCUCACCGGGGGAUGAUAAUCGGAGCCAAAGUUCUCUUAAAACAGCUCAACAAGUACAAAGUCCUUGAGAAGGCCUUUGAGGCAUAUCCCCACUAUUCCCUGACCCUGACAGGGCACAGCCUAGGCGCUGGCCUGGCAGUCCUGUUAGCUCUCCUGAUACGCCCAAUCUACCCCAAUCUACGAGUCUACGCCUUCGCGACACCAGCUGGACUCCUCAGCAGGGAAGCAGCAAAGGUCACUGAGGAUUUUGUCUUCACUAUCGGCCUCGGCGACGAUUUGGUGAUGCGAUUGAGCGUCGACAGCAUAGAAAAUUUCAGAACAGGUCUCCUGAUCACCCUCCAAGCCUGCAAACUCCCCAAAUAUCGAGUGGUGCUCAACGGCUUUGGUUACGCUCUCUUUGGGGUUCCAGACAGAGAUCUGAAUAGAACAUGGCGGAAUGGAAACACUAUCAACUCCAUUCCAGGGCAUUUGCCACUGUUGGCUGAUGGAGGGGAUCAUCGUCAGGGUGAGGCGCUCAUUCUGGAGCACGAUGUCUCCAGGAGGAGGUACUCCCAAGUGAGACUGUACAACGCUGGUAGAAUUCUGCAUAUGGCGAAGUGCAAGCUCGACGAUAAGGAGAAGCGGGGGGAGAGGAAGUUUGAGAUGAGAUGGGCGCAGCCUGAGGAGUUCAUGGAGCUCUCGGUGAUGCCCAGAAUGCUUCUGGAUCAUCUUCCGGAGAAUCUGGAAAUCGCCCUGAGGAGUCUGAUUAAGCAACAGGACGAUGUGCCCAUUUAUCUUGAAGAAGUUUAGGUUGCUCGAGGGAUGGAGAAGAGGGAUAGGCAAGAAAGUGGGGGUAGGUGUACGAAAAAUUGUACUUUUCAUGACGCUCUCCCGAAAAGUAACUUUCCGACUCAUUGUGCUGUCGAAUUUUCUUCGUAACGAGUGCACAAAAGGGGUUUUUGGCUCCUGGGAUUAGAUCACUCGCUAAAAUACCGUUUUUUGCAACUCGUCAUGAAGUGAUGAAAAAAAAUGUAUUUUUGGUAGAUAAAUUAGCAAUUGGAAGAUAUUGUUAAAGUUCCUCCAGAGAAAUAUGUGAAUGAUAUGUUUAGAUGAAUAUUUAGUAUUUAUAUACCAGUAAUUUUAUACUGUUCUGUCUAUCGUUCGACGAUUAAUGAGUUUUGUACAUUCCAAUGGAUUUAAUAAACCAAUUUCGUAUUAAUGAGAAGAAAA